CCAUAGCACCCCGAGCCGUACCCCCCCCCCCCCCCCCCCCUUCCAAACUAUUUCGGAUAAUUUUCCUCUCUUCGAGCCCUAUGGCAGGGCCAUACUAUAUCUAGCGCCCACAGCACGUGCAUCAAGAAACUUCUGUUAUUUAAAAUGUCAAACGAGGAAGUUGAUAAAAAUCCAGAAAGAAAGAAGCGUGAAAGGUUCAAUGUACUGGAAAAGUGUAACAUUUUACAUGAACUGGAGAAAAGCGGUGGGGCGGUGAUAUCUAAAAAGUACAGUAUUCCAAGGAGAACUCUAAGAAGAUGGGCAGCACAGAAAAAAAAAUUGAUAGAACAAGACUGUACUUAUCAAUUAACCUCGAAAGAUAAAAGGGUCAAGGGUGCUGUUAUGUAUGACCUUGAAGAGGCCUUAUAUAUUUGGUUUGACAGAAAUGUCAAAGCAGGUGCAUUUUUGACAAGUCCCUUGAUCACUGCAAAAGCCAGAGAAUUGCACUCAGAAUUUGGCAUGAUGAAAAACUUUGUUGCUAGUGAGGGUUGGUUCUACAGAUGGAAGAAAAAAUAUAAUAUCCAACAAUACAUUAGGUGUAGUGAAACGAUGUUGGCUGAUGUUCCUUCUGCAAAUACUUUUAAGAUUGAUUUUCAAAACAUUAUGGACAAAGAAGAAUUGCUCCCAUGUCAAAUAUUUGACGCAGAUGAAACUGAUCUAAAUUUUAAACAGAUGCCUAAAAGAACCUUGGUUGAAGAAUCAUCGAGUGCACCAAGUGGUUUCAAGGUCAACAAAGAUCGAGUGACAAUAAUGUUAUGCAGUAAUGCAGAUGGAUCACUUAAGAUGCCUUUGAUCAUUAUUGGAAAGUCAGAAGAAUCCGGGGCAAUAAAUAAACAAAUCGAGAGUAACAACCUUCCAGUUUAUUAUGCUAGUCAGAAAAGGGCUUGGAUGAAUGCUGAAAUAUUCACAAAGUGGUUCAAAGAUGACUUUGUGAAAAGAGUGAAACAAUUUUUGACGGAAAAAAAACUCCCAGUAAAGGCAAAACUGUUACUUGAUAAUGCAUCUUGCCAUCUACUAACAAAUGAACUCAUUGACGGUGAUAUCAGAGUAAUGUACCUACCAGCAAAUAUAACAUCAACAGUGCAGCCUAUGAAUCAGGGUAUUAUAGAAACUUUCAAGAAGUACUACAGAUCACUCUUUCUAAUCGCUAUCCUCUACGCACAAAAAAAUGGUACAGAUAUUGUUUCUUUUCUGAAAUCAGUUGACAUCGAGAAAGUGAUUGACUGGGUUUCUCAUGCUUGGAAUAAUGUAAAAGAUGAUACGAUAUUCAAAUGCUGGAAACAAAUUCUACCUGAUCAUUUUUAUACUAUAAAUAGGAAUUCUAUCUCUAUUUCAAAUGAAGCAAUAACUGAUGAAGAGAUAUUAAGAACUGUUAGACAGAUCAAUGGUUAUGCGCUUGCUGACAACGAAGCUAUUCAAAAGUGGAUUACACAUGAUUCACGAUCACAUGAUGUGUCUAUUCCAACAAACGCUGAGUUGGUGAAUAUGAUGUUUGUCGACAAUGAUGCUGAAGAACCGAAUGUGAUAGUGGAAUUGAAUGAGAAUGUUCAUCCGAAUGAUGCAGUAGCUGCAGCAAACACUUUGCUCUCGUUUUUUGAAAAGAAUCCUGCCCUUCCUGAAUCAAUUAUUUGGAGCAUAAAGGAAGCGAGAUUAGCUGCGAUGAAAAUUUAUGUUUCUAAGUAAUAUUUUAUUGUCUAAUAAUCGAUAGUUCCCUGAUAAGCAAUGAAUGUAAAAAAAUAUCAUUUUGACAGUAAGAGACAAGAUCAAUAUAUUUUUUUAUGAGAGUUGUUCAUCAGUACAAAAUGUAAAUAUUUAAAAUAC